CAAGUCUAAACCCCACCUCCUUUGGCACUCUGACACGCCUUCCUUCUCCGCUGCCUCAGAGAGCAGCAGCAUCUUCUUCCCCAUCCUUUGCGCUGACUCCUCCCACUCCCUCUCAGUGACACCCUCUGCACUCACACACCCUCAGCCAGUGACAGGCCGGCAGCUCUGCGCCUCAGGCCGCCUCUAUCUCCGAGGGACUCUUUCACAGCCGGCCUUUUAAUCGCAUGGACAUUCUUUCUGGCCCGGCUGCCUCAGCGAGAGUGUGGCACAUCCCUUACUGCCUGCACAGCAUCACCAUCAGCCUCUCCCUGGCCGCCACUCACUAAGGAAGUGUCAGGAGAAGUGUGAGGAGGAGAGGGAGUGUGAGCGUCGCACCGCUAGUCCGGGACUUGUCAGGCUGCCGAAUUCUCAACACGGGAGAACGGCAGGUUGUUACCCAGCAGUACCACAGAAAUACUGCAACCAGCAAUCAUGCCUUUGGCAGAAGACACAACUGUACUAGAUGAUCCCCCUCGAACUGUGCCGAUAGUUAUUAUAGGCAAUGGACCUUCAGGUAUCUGUUUGUCAUAUAUGCUGUCAGGAUACAGACCAUACCUUUGUCCAGAUGCUGUACACCCUAAUCCAAUCCUUCAGAACAAACUAGAGGAAGCCAGGCACCUCUCUAUUCCAGAACAGGACUUAGAAUACUUAUCUGAAGGUCUUGAAGGCCGCUCAUCCAAUCCUGUUGCAGUUUUGUUUGACACCCUUCUUCAUCCUAACGCAGACUUUGGGUAUGAUGAUUACCCAUCUGUCCUGCAGUGGAAACUGGAAUCAGAACAUUACAUUCCCCAUUUGGUGCUCGGCAAAGGACCCCCUGGUGGUGCCUGGAAUGAUAUGGAGGAAUCCAUGCUGACUCUUAGCUUAGGAGACUGGAUGGAAUUGCCUGGACUUAAAUUUAAAGACUGGGCAUUGUGUAAUAGAAGAAAUUCAAAAAAUGACCGAGCUACACCAGCAGAAGUGGCUUCCUAUUACAAGCAUUAUGCCAAGGUAAUGGGUCUCAAGAGAAAUUUCAUUGAUAAUUCCUACGUUACCUACGUGGCCAAAACCUACAGAGAACCAGAAGAGUCCGCAAGUGUAGAAACGAAACAGAUUUCAUCGGAACAGCUGCAACAUAAAAACAAUGACGUGUAUUUGAAAAACUGGGAAAUUCAAGGCUAUCGAAGAGCAGCUGACGGGUCACGUGAGCCUUUUUGUCUCUUUGCCGAGACGGUGGUCCUGGCCACAGGAACUUUUGAUGCGCCAGCACGACUUGAAGCGAACGGAGAGGACUUGCCUUAUGUUUCCCACUCUCUGUCAGAAUUUGAGACAGACAUUUGUAAAGGAAAACUCAGGGGUGCAACAGACCCUGUGCUUGUUGUAGGAGCAGGACUGACAGCAGCUGAUGCCGUUCUUUGUGCCCACAACCACAACAUUCCAGUCAUACAUGUUUUCCGUAGACGACUCAAUGAUCCAAGCUUGAUUUUCAAGCAGUUGCCCAAAAAACUGUAUCCAGAAUACCACAAAGUGUACAACAUGAUGUGUACCCAGUCAUACGGAACAACGUCUCUUCACCCAAAAUACACCAGCUUUCCUGAGCACUGUGUGCUUUCUUUUAAUCCAGAUAUGAAGUUUGUUCUGCAGUGUCCCUCUGGACCGAAGAAGGUAUUCAAAAUAUCCAAGGCCUUGGUUCUCAUAGGUUCUCACCCCAACCUUUUUUUCUUAAAAGAGCAAGGUCGAAACCUCGGACACCACCCUAAUCAGCCCAUCACAUGCAAGGGUAAUCCAGUGGAGAUAAACCCUUACACUUAUGAAGCCUCCAAGGAACCCAACCUUUUUGCACUGGGACCACUGGUGGGUGACAAUUUUAUUAGGUUCCUAAAAGGAGGGGCACUUGCCAUAACACGUUGCCUGGAGAUGCGACUCAAGAAUAAGAGUCAAAUAGAUGAAAGUGGCAGUACUAACGGGGCGUGCUAAAAGUGGAAAAAAAUACUGCCCCAUAUUUAAAGUAAAAUCUGCAAGUUUACAGAUAUCAUCGGUAUGUGUCUGGGUACAGUGCAACAUAUCAAGACCCUGUGGAGAAAAAGUGCUGCUCUUUGUACAAAUACAAAUUGAAUUAAAAGAAGUAUGUACAUAAUGUAUAUACAGUAGUAACAUUUA